CUCUUCCUUUAUAUUCCUACAUUUUCUUCUUGCAUUGUAUAAUAUUUCAUUCUUCUCUCCCUCCUGUUCAUUCUUAUUUCUCAACGCCUCUCCGUUUCCGCCUCCUAUUUAGUAUAAAGUAAAGAUCUAUCAUGUUAUCCUCAUCAUCAUCGUCACAGAUACCCGACUUGACUUCAAAAUCGCAAUUUGGCAAUGCAUGGGGAUCCGAAAGACUGGUCUCGAAGGAAGGGUGGAUCCUGGAUGCACAGAACAGAGUUGUGAUCUUACAUGGCAUCAAUGUCUCUGGAGGGACCAAAAUGCCAUUCUACACAGCCUCCGCCGCGGUCCAUGCACCUUCUCAAUAUGUUGGAUAUUUUGCAUCAUCGUUACCAGAACCUGAAUUCUUUGGAGCUGAGCCUAGGCCACCUUUUUCUACCACAUCAUCUUCGUCAUCAUCGUCAUCGCCACCCUCUACAAAGAAACCAAUAUCAGUAAAAGAAGCAAAAGCAGCUGUAGCCAAGGCAGCAAGUGAAGCAGAGACGAACGGGACUAAGGAUAAAGGCGCAAUCCCUGGUGUAGUAUAUUCUCAUAUAGACGACCACUUUUAUAAUCACCGUGAGGUCUCGUUUGUGAACCGACCAUUUACACUACAGGAUGCAGAAUUACAUUUUGAACGAUUGGCUCGAUGGGGGUGUCAAUGUCUUCGUUUACUAAUACCCUGGGAGGCAUUGGAGCAUGCUGGGCCUGGUAUCUAUGAUGAAGAUUAUAUCAUAUAUGUAAUCAAGCUAUUGAAAGUCGCUUCGAAAUACGGACUGAAAUGCUUUCUGGAUCCACACGUUGAUUGUUGGAGUCGAUUCACUGGGGGUUCAGGAAUGCCAGGGUGGACACUUGAAUUGGCAGGACUUGACAUCACAAAGUUUGAUGCGACAGGGGCUGCCAUUAAGCAGAACACGCAUCAUGACAAAGAAAACUAUCCAAAGAUGAUUUGGGCUACCAACGGUAUCAAAUUGGCAGCAGCUACCAUGUAUACACUCUUCUUUGCAGGCCAAAUCUUUGCACCUAAAACCAUGGUUCCACUUUCGACCACUGUCUUGUCUCAUCUUCGCACUGUCCACUCAAGCGUUGUGGCAGAUGAAGCCUACCGUCGUGGCCUCCCCAAUGGCGCCAGGGCCCCCUCUCCUGUCCAAAACUUAACUCCUAUCCCCAAGGUCGACCAGGAUUUUGUGGAGCGCGGACAAGUCAACAUUCAACAUUACUUGCAGGCCCAUUUCAUAGAAGCAUUUGCGCAUCUUACACAGCGGAUCCGUGAAGACGAUUCUAAAACAAUUCGUGCGAGGAGUGGACCCGGGCUAAUUGAAGCAGGCACCGUCAUGGGAUACGAUACCAUGAAUGAGCCUGCCCCUGGAUACCUGAACCAUCCGGAUUUGACUAAAUUGCUAGAGCUGGCCGAUCUACAAGUUGGAACGUGUCCUACACCAUUUCAAGGGAUGGAGCUGGCUCAGGGUAGGACCGUCAAAUGUGAGGUCUGGGAGACUGGUGCAUUGGGUCCUAGGAAAAAGCGGACAAUCAAAGUCAAUCAGGAAAAAGUUAAUCUUUGGAAGCGACCGUACUGGAGGUCGCGACAACAAACGAAUAAUCAACAGCAGGGCAGUAACACUAUUAUUGAUGGAGAACCCAUAAUCCCGCCAGCAAGACCAUUGCCUGCAUAUUACUCCGAAACCUCGACCUUUGAUGAUGUCUCACAGCUUGGAAUCACUGAACCUCAGGCUGAUGAUGACAACAAUAGCAGAAUCAAGAGGAUGCCCUUGGCUUCACCAAUGACUCUGACAGCCUCCCCAGCCAACUAUAGCACCAAGGACGCACUGGCUACUCCUCCUUCCAAGUUGGCAGAGUCCCAUAUCUCCAAAACGUUAUGGCCAGAGCCCGCGGGGUAUAGUGACUAUUGCCUUUGGGCAGAACAUAAGGUUUGGGACCCUCGAACGGGGAAAUUACUCAAGCCCAACUACUUCCAGCGGAUACCAACCCAAGGUUAUAUACCAUCACCAUUCCAGCCAGGGAAGGAAGUAGAGUGGAAACAUGAUUUCUGGUUACCAUUUGUCAACACAUUUUCUUUGCGACUUCGGCAACAGGAUAGUCGGCUUAUUAUCUUUGUGGAGCCACCUAUUAAUGAGGCGCCUCCUAUGUUCCGGCUAAAGAAGGUCCUUGUCGAAGGUGCGGAGGACGGACUGAAGAAUAUGUUAAGGUCCGUAAUAAGCUGGAAAUCACGAAAAACAUUCCCCAACCAACAUACAACUGCGAUCCUUAGGCAGUCAGCGUCAACAAGAGCUACUCAGUCAGCCGAUGGUCGUGGCAACUCUGACGAUAACAAUAAUAAAAAUAGGCAGAAUGACUACAAAGGAAAAGGCUCUUUUGGAACAACCGAUGACUUGUAUGAGAGUGCGUGUCAACAACCUCGUCUGGACCCAAUGGGUGAUGUGAGUGAAAAUAUCAUAGUCGCACCACACUUCUAUGACGGCUAUACGAACAUCACCCGCGACUUUGUCCCGUUCACGCUUGACUUCAUGGGCUACAAACGGGGCAUUUACUCGUCUGUCUUGGGAGCACUCAAGUUUGGGUGGUCAGGAGUCGGCCAGGCAUGGAAGGAUCAGGUGAAAGGGAUUCAGUCCGAUAUCCGCUUAGCAAUGGGUCCUCAGCAUGGGAUCCUCAUGGGAGAAACAGGGUUGCCAAUUGACCUACAUAACAAAACUAGCUUCAAGUCAAGACAUGGUCACCCUAAACAGAGCUUCGCAAUGCGGUUGCUAUUGGAUGCCAUGGAUGCUAGUAUGCUUAGCUUCACGCUCUGGAACUACUGUGCAGAUAAUUCAAACCAGUGGGGGGAUCGAUGGAAUGGCGAAGAUUUUAGUGUCUGGUGCGAGCCCGAAAACGGAUUCAUUGAGCCUGAAUUCACACAUACAACAGCAGUAGCAGCAGUACCAAAUAUGGCCUCCCCUAUCCCUAUUGCUAGGCACGAUAGUGGCAUCCUCGCUACCACUAAUAACAAAACUCUAGAGCAGCAGUUGGUUCCAAUUUCAAAAGUCAAUAACCCCUCUUGGAGCCCCAAUGUCGCUCUGACAGAGAUUGCGGCUGAAAUGGGUUCAGGGCUUGAAUCUGUAGGUUGUCAUGAAGGCUUUAUAUGGUGGUGCUGCCUGCCGACGACGAACGUUUGGACCAAGCGUACAGCUCCAAAACGGAUGGUUGCCGUUUCUGUGGAACCCAAGUUUUCAGGCUUCUCUGCGGAAGAUGCUCAAGUUAUUGAAGCUAAUACAAGCAACAACAACGAGAAGCCCAAGCCCUUGGCGACGCUAACGACAUGGCAAGACCUGCUUCCACUCUCACUUCAAAUUGAGCGUAGUCGUAUUGAGUAUUAUGGUGGCCUCCGUGUGGGCGAGAGCUUUUUGCGUGCAUAUCCUCUAGCUAUUUGGGGCGAGCCGCUUCUGUACCGCUUUGAACCCGGUAUCCCUAUAUCGGAUAAAGGCGUCCACUGUAGUAUGAAGGCCCGGAAGCAAAAAACUAAGGAUGUCCAAAGUUGGGAAAACCACUUCUUGAUGCUCUUGACUCUUUCAUGUGAUCGUCGGCCGAAACGAAGGGGCGAUGGUCAAAGUAACUGCGAACAGUCUUGGAACUAUGGACAGCUGCAAGAACCUAGCCAUGAGCAAGAGAUUGCAAGCACAGGUGGUUCAGGCGAUAACCGAACUCAUAAAGCGACAACAUCACCCUCUACAGACGUGUUUUUGCCUCGGUUCCAUUUCGCACUUGAUUCGACGGUUAAUGAAGACCAUUUCGAGUCACUCAAUCAUAUUAAAGAGCUGCAAGAAGACCUUUGCCGCCGUCAACAGUCAAGAUACGUAUGCUCGAGUUCAAAUUCAGCUACAGCUCACUCAGUAUCGAGGUCAUCCAAAGAUAAGGGUCGUUGGCAUAGAUUAGAUAUCCGUGUUUCUGAUGGUCAUUUCAAGCUUGGACCAGCGCGUCAGAUCCUUCAAUACUGGACGUCGCCUCAGCCCCAAUUCAACUCGAAUGAUAAUCUAGCUUCAACAGCCGAGUUCUUUGAAGUGAUUGAGACACGAAUCCGAGGACUUUUCGCAUUAGGCUGGGAUGGCCUCGAGGGCAUCACCACAGUUGUAGAACAAGAAUGGAUUAAGAGGAUUUGGAAAGAGAUCCAAAGAGAUGACGCAGAAGCUGGGUAUUCGGGCUAUCCAUGUCUGUGGUCAUUUUCAAAGAGAAUGGGAAGAACAGUGGAGUUGGAGGAAGAAAAGAAAUUGAAAUACAAGGAACGGCAGCUUCGAUGGAGAGAUCGAAUAGGACUUCCAAGCGAGGGGGCAACUUACUGUGGUACUUGUGGGCAGUUGGAUGUGAUGCAUGUGCAUGGUGUGAGUGUUCGCUUGCAGAUGUGGUCCGGAUACCGAGGAUUGGUUGAACAUGUGGAAACAUAAAAAGGG